AUGGUGAAUCAGGUGCAUCAAUUAUCCUACAGCCCACUGACGGCGCAUGCGUUCAAUGCAGACCGCAGUAAGGUCGCUGUCUCACCCAACUCAAGUGAGAUUUGCAUUUUCGCAUCCACGCCACAGGGCUGGGUGCUCGAGCAUUCCCUCACGGGCCAUGACAAGGUUGUGACGGGCCUGGACUGGGCACCGAACACAAAUCGCAUCGUGAGCUGCUCACAAGACCGAAAUGCGUAUGUGUGGACAUUAUCUGGUGCGACAUGGAAACCGACCCUAGUACUGCUUCGACUGCACCGCGGUGCGACAGCGGUUCGUUGGAGUCCCCGUGAAGACAAGUUUGCCGUUGCAAGUAGUGCUCGGAUCAUCUCCGUGUGCUCCUUCGAGGAAGACAAUGACUGGUGGGUAGCCAAGCACAUCAAGCGUCCCCUGCGGUCCACCGUCACAUCGAUCGACUGGCAUCCUAACAAUGUACUACUGGCCGCAGGCUGUGCCGAUUUCCACGCUCGUGUAUUCAGUGCGUACAUCAAGGGUGUAGACACAAAGCCGCCUCCCAGUGUAUGGGGUGAGCGCUUACCCUUUGGCACAGUCUGUGGUGAGUUUCCAACACCCUCGGCAGGAUGGGUUCAUGGCGUAGCGUUUAGCCCGAGCGGUGAUGCCCUAGCCUUCGUCGGCCAUGAUGCCUCGCUCACAAUCGUGUACCCAUCUGCAUCACAAGACUCGCCUCCUACGAUGCAUGUGAUCCGCCUGCCGAGUUUGCCGUACGUGUCAGUGAUGUUUAUCAGUGAGAGUGCCCUCGUAGCGGCUGGCCACGAUUGCCAGCCGAUGGUCUUCGAGGGCUCGGCAGAAAAUGGCUGGCGGAUCACCCGCAGUCUCGACACGGUCGGUACAGCGGCGUCCAAGCCGAAGCCGCCGCCUCCGCCGCCCAAAAAGCCCGGUCUGGGUGGCGCCCCCGCGCCCAGCAGCGCUGGCGUGGGUCGGCUCAACAACGAGGCGUUUGCGCGUUUCAGAGAGGCCGACACGCGUGGCACAUCAGCGAUGCCGUCGGCACAGUCAACAGAGACGCCGCACUCUUUUGGUGCCGUCGCUGGGGCGAGUAUCGCCGACGAUGGUGAGUUGCACACCACGCAUCAAAAUACCAUCACUGAUAUUCGCAUAUACAGUGGUCAGCGUGGCCAAGUGGAAACUAUCAGCACAAGCGGCGUAGAUGGCCGACUAUGUACCUUUGAAACUGGCAAGGGUAGCACGGCUAUCGCGCCUAUCUUGCGCGGCAUUGCCAGCAUGCGUAUGUAG